AUGAAGUCAUAUGAUUUUGCAUAUUAUCUACAUUUGAUGAAGCACAUCUUAGUGGUGACUAAUACAUUGUCUCAAGCUCUUCAAAGAAAUGAUCAAGAUAUAGUGAAUGCAGUUGGGAUGGUUAAUGCAACAAAACAACAAUUACAAACGUUUAGACUCGAAGGAUUUGAUUCACUUGUGAAAGAUGUGGCAUCAUUCUGUGAUAAAAAUGAAAUUGAAAUGGUCGACAUGGAUGCCGAAUACAUUGACCCAAAAUAUAGAAGGAGAAAGACUAACAUCACUAAUCGUCAUUUUUAUGAGGUUGAAAAUUUCAACACGGUGUUAGAUAUGCAAAUUCAAGAGAUUGGCAACCGUUUUAAUGAGGUAACCACUGAAUUGCUAAUGUAUAUGAGUGCUUUGAGCCCAAAUGAUAAUUUUAGUGCAUUUGAUGUUUCAAAGAUAUUAAGGUUGGCCGAGAUGUAUCCGCAUGAUUUUAAUUAUGAAGAAAGAGAUUAUCUUAUGAAUGAGCUCGAUAUCUACAUUAAUAACAUAAGAGGCGAUAAAAGGUUUGCCAACGUGAAAGAUAUAUCUAACCUUGCAACAAUGAUGCAUGUGAAGACGGAUUUACGGAAUCGGAUGAGUGAUGAGUAUUUGACUGAUGCUUGCAUUUGUUAUAUUGAAAAAGAGUUCUUUGCGAAAGUUGCGAUUGAAGACGCUAUGAAUCGUUUUCAAAAUAUGAAAACACGUAGGGAGCAACUAUGA